AAAAUCUGUUUCGUCGUUCUUCCUCGCUCCGCGCCGUCGUCGCAUCAUCAUCUCCGAAGCUCAAAGCAAAGCUUCUUCGAUCUUCCUUGUUUCCCCCCCCCCCAAAAAGCAGAAUGGCUACAGCUACGUAUCCGCCGCCUCCUCCCUAUUACAGACUCUACAAGGAUUACUCUGAAAACCCUAACACAGCUCCCCAACCUCCGCCUCCGAUCGAAGGAACCUACAUUUGUUUCGGUGGCAAUUACACUACAGAGGAUGUUCUUCCAAGCUUAGAAGAGCAAGGAGUGCCACAGCUUUAUCCUAAAGACUCUAAUGUUGAUUACAAGAAGGAACUCAGGUCUCUGAAUAGAGAAUUGCAGUUACAUAUACUGGAGCUUGCUGAUGUUCUCGUUGAGAGGCCUUCUCAGUAUGCAAAGAGGAUUGGUGACAUUUCUUCUAUCUUCAAGAAUUUGCAUCACCUUCUCAAUUCCUUGAGGCCUCACCAGGCGAGAGCAACGCUUAUUCACAUUAUGGAGCUUCAGAUCCAACAGAGGAAGCAAGCUGUGGAGGACAUUAAGAGGAGGAGAGAAGAAGCACAAAGACUUCUAAAGGAUGCUUUCGUCACUUUAGAUGGACAAUAGAGUUCUUACCCGUUUUAUGUAAAACCUAUCACUGUUUGACCCUCUCAAGCUUUUUUUCUUUAGAAAAAAAAAUUGUUUACAGCACAAGACUAAGUAGAUACAAUGUACCAGGAUUGUAAACCAAAGUUAUGGGAACUUUUCUCAUGAUGUUAUAAAAUACUUAACAUCGCA